CCCAUUUAUGGGAAUUUAUUGACCCAAUUUGAAUUUACUCAGGGUUUUUAUGUGGACAAAGUUAUCCCACCCAAAUCCCAUUUAUGGGAAUUUAUUGACCCAAUUUGAAUUUAUUCAGGGUUUUUAUGUGGUCAAAAUUAUCCCAUCCAAAUCCCAAUUAUGGGAAUUUAUUGACCCAAUUUGAAUUUACUCAGGGUUUUUAUAUGGUCAAGAUUAUCCCAUCCAAAUCCCAUUUAUGGGGAUUCAUUGACCCAAUCUGAAUUUAUUCUUGGGUUUUUAUGUGGUCAAAAUUAUCCCACCCAAAUCCCAUUUAUUGGAAUAUAUUUACUCAAUUUGAAAUUGCUGAAGGGUUUUUAUGGGGUCAAAAUUAGCUUAUCAAAAUCCUAUUUCUGGUAAACAAAAGAAAACAAAGGUAAAAUUGCAGGUAAUUGAAAGUAUUCAAGCUCUUCACUUAAUCCAUGAAACAAAAUCCAUUUGUAAAUGUAUAUAAAAGUAAAGAAAUAAAGUGAUGUAGAUAAUAUUCAUGCACUCACAAUGGUGUGUGUGCUUUGACAUUUAAUCAAAGUACUUAUAGUGAUAUAAGCAAAUUCUGCAAACAUUUUUCUGUAUUUUAAAUCAUUUACAACUAACAUAAUUGGUCUCUAUUAGUUUGUUUAACUAAUAAAUUGAACAUACUGCAUAAAAUCAAGCUAAAAUCUAACUAAACAUUAUAUAGACAGAGUACACUUAAUCCUUGAAACAAAUAUUAUUGAUAGAAGAUAAUUAUAGUGAAGUACACAUUGUAGCAACAAAAGAAAAGCAAGGAAUUUAUAUCUCAUAUCAUAACUAUAUAUAUUGGUGUAAUAUUUCACAAAUUAUGUGCACUCUGACUCUAUGUAAAAUUGAACAAUUUGUAUGUAUUUCAACAAGGCAGUUUUAACAAAUAUGAAUGGCUUAUAAACCUAUAAUGUUUCUGACAACUGCGGUGUAUAUUCUGAGUGAAGCUUAUAGCUGUAUUUCUUUUUUUACAAUCAAAUCUGACUUCAUAAUGUUGCCAAAAGGAACUGUGACAUCAUUUUUCACUUCAACAUAGCCCUGCUUCAGAAAUUUUUUUACAACAACUUCAGAGAGGUCUGUGUAAUUAACAUCAACUAGACUUCUUUUGGGCACAGAGAAUUUGUUUACAAGAAGAUUCACCAAUGGUUCUCUAUCUUGCACAACAGAGCCACAUACUAAUUUCAAAAUUAGCUUUACCACUCUUGGUGCCAGUUUGUCAGGAAUUUUUACUGCAUCAUUUUUACCAUCUUCUUCACUAUUAAGGAUUACUGUGUCUCCUGACUUAUCACUUUCUUCAUCACUGCUAAAUUGCUCAUCUUUCUGCAAGAGUAAACAAGAAAAAAAGCUAUAAACUAAAGCCCAUUUCACAUGAUUGUUCAAGAGUGCCAGAUAUCUGAAAUUGAUGCCAGUGACCAAAAUCCCAUGGUACCAAUACAACACUUCAAUAUGGUUGUGACAACUUUCCUUGCCAUUGAAAGUGGCUGAUCAUGAGUUUGCAUCUUUUGUAAAAUACUGCUAUAAGUAUUAAAAAUUUACCUUAUAAAAACUUUGAGAACAAGGAACUUCAUCUUCUGAUGAGCCACUUUCACUAAAGCGUCCAAUUUUGAAGCUUGCAGAUUCCUGGACAGUCUAGAAUUAAAAUGAUUUUAAAAUUUGUAAACUUGUCAAAAUUGUAAAUUUCCUAUUGAAAUAAAAUUGAAUGUCAAAAUAGAAAAGUGUUAAAUAAAUUAUAUCACAAGUACGAGUGCUGACUCGGGCUAUACAAAUAGUCUAGCUUAAUAAACAAAGUGGUUUAAUAUCACAAGCUAUUACUGAUUGCUAUUCUUUUGGAUGGUCAUCAGAAGAUAACUUUAUUUGUACUCCAUAUUAAUUAAUUAGUCCCACCACUUGUGAGUGCCAAAAUUAGCAGCAAAAUGUAUGAAGACACAAAAUAUUCUUCCUGUGACAUUCUAAAUUGCAGCUUUGAAGUUAGCUCUGAUAAUUGAUAAUUGCACUCCUUAGCUUUCUAUCUGGCUUUCAAUUGUUAUAUGGUGUUCAUUUGUUACAACCAACAAGUUCUUUUAGCUUCUUUUAGAAGUACAUCUUUUCACAGAAUAAUUUACAAUUCACCCUAUAGGCAGGCAUAAACACAGACUCGCKGUAGCCCAAAUAUUAAACUUUUCUAUCUUAKAACCUUACCUUGGGUGGGACUUGAUGAAGGCCUGACUUUGAGGUUUUCUUACCCUAAAACAAACAAAAAAAACGUAAGCAUAAAAAAUGCCAUAAUCAAUUGCAAUAUCAGUCAAUAAUGGAGAGAGAUUGGUUUCAUUCAUACAGAAGAGGCAAGUUUGGACCUAUCUUAUAUUCUAGGAUUGAUGUCCAUGCAGUGUCAGGUGAUCAUGACACUGUCCACUCUACGAUAAUUACAAUGAAUGAAUGUACAAACAUAAAUGUUCUUGGGAGCAUCAAAAUGUAUUACUCUAUUAUGGCAUAUAAACAUAUUGAUUUUUUGUACAUAGGAAUAAUAAUUACUUAAUGGGUUUAGUAGGACUGAAGGACRUUUAGGUUGCUCCUAAUAUUAAAGAACCUCACCAUGGAUGGAAGUGGGGGAUUAGUUUUGUUACUUGUCUUCUGACCCUUCUUACCCUAAUAAAAAAUAAAUAAAGCUGUUAGCCAAAGAUUUUACCCUAGAAGUGCUGAGCCAACCUUUCCUCAAAGAGAUACUGAGAAAAGUACUCCACAACAUGGUGGUUGUCAGAGAUAACCCUGAAACUGGCUCAUGAACUAGGCCAGUUUCUCUUUGGAUUAUCACAGGCUUGAAUCUUUGAAUCAAAUGAAUCAAUACAGUAUUGUGCAGUAAAUUUAAAUCUCCACAAUUCUUUUCAUAGGCUUCAUGAUACAAUUUCACUUUGACUGUACCUUAUACAUGUAAUCUGGGCUUGAAGCAGAGUCUGUAGACUCUUGAUGACUCUAAAACAAUUCAAUUACACAAACAUUUACUUAUUUAUAGGGUGCCAAAAUCCUGAUGUGAUUUUUCCACACCCUACUACAAACUAAACCUUCAAGAGUCAAAAAUGUUACCCAACGCCAAGACCUAAACGCAGAAAAACAAUUUGGUGGGCAGAUGCCCAUAUAGCAAAUAGCAAUAUAUAGCAUUUGAGUUGCAGCUUUUGGUACAAAAUUAUAGCAAUAACCUAAAUAGGGAGAUUUGUUAAAAAUUCAUGAAAUUUAGCACUUAUAAUUGCAAUAAUUCCAUAUGCUUACUCGUUUCUGAUGGCGUCUUUGUUCAUUAAAGUAAUCCCGAACGUGUUCAAUAAUUCCUUCAAUGUCAAAUCCAACCUGUGGAACAGCCACCUCUGGGGCAAUUUCCUUAGCAAAUUCUUCCAGGUCAUUGCGGGCAUUUGGAUUAUUAAAUUUGGGAUAGCUUCCACUCCAUCGCUUACACGCAAGUUGACCAAUUCUUUUUCGGCUUAAAUAGAAUAACACAAAAUUAUUGUUAAAAUCCAUACCUCAGCCAACCAAGGUUAAGUUCAUAUUGUYGGGAGCUUGGGCAUAGUAAUUAGAAAGAACCUGUAACUAUUAUCAUAUAUAUAUUAAGAAAUAAUCAAGGAUAACAGAUUAUUUACAAAUUACAACCUAGAUUAUACUCACUUCUUGAGAUAGAUGGCCUUUAUAUCAGGAUUUGAUUCCAAUGAUGCCAUGGUAGGCUUUGAUUUAGUUUGCACAUGUGAGAUUCUCUUUUUUGAUUCAAGCUUCUUUCUUUCAAGAAGGCUUUUGAAGUGAUUUUUUAGUUUGAUGACUUUACCAAAAUUCAAGUUUAGUUUCUUGAAGAUUUCGGCUUCGCUAUCCAUCACAAGCAAUUCCCCUAGCGUGUCUUGAUCUAUUAUGUCUUCAUCUAAAAAAGAAUCAUUUACUUAUCAAUGCCUGAAAAGACUCGAUCCCAAUUCACUUUUAAAGUUCAUUAUGUGCAUACUUCCUAUGUUUCUGUAAUUAGUAAGGUUUUUGAACUCCGCAUUACUAAAAAACAGCGGAUCAGAAGUUUGAUCGUAGUCCAGAGGUAGAUGUAGUAUGUCUUCAUAUAAACUUCUAACUUCCAUUACUUGUAUAAACACACCAAAGAAAUGUCUUCAUAGUUGAAAUAAUCAUGAAAGACACAUCYACGCUUUAGACGUAGACGAAAUGAACACAUGAAAAAAAUGGCGGCGGGCGACUGAACAAUGCUUGCACUAAGUCGAAGAAGAACUACCUAGAAUAAAACUACGAUUUGCUUUUCUUUGUGGUGUAAAAUGUAACUUACUGUGAAAGAGGAUAAAAUAUCAUAAAAAGUUAUGCUAAAAAGAGUUAUUUUAUACUAAAAUCUUGUCGAACAAAACGUGUUUUGGCGGAAAGUUGAUCAACUUAAACUUACCUUUAAAAGCUUGGGCGAUUUCAUCGCCAAAAAGCUCUCUAAUUUUCGUUAGUAUCGAUUCUUCACCGUUUUGAUUGCAGCUUAAUUGUUCUUCCAUGGUUUUCGAUUCCAUAACUAAACUAUAGCUGAACGAUUUAUAUAAACCUACACACCACUUCGAUCUUGCCRUUUCUGUGAAGACUGUAAGCGACUGAAAGCAUGGUUUGCAAUCACAGGCAGUACGUGCUUUCUUAUUGGUUCAAAGAAGAACAGUAUAUAAACUCAACAGGGAUUGGUCAAAAGUUCCCGCCACUUGAAGUUGCCGCUGACACUAAAAUUUGUGGGCUCAUUUUAUUAUAAAAGCGCGGGAAUUUUGCAAUGAAGCUUUCAAAAAGUACAUUUAUUAUCCUUAUAUUUUUAUUAGUAUCUGUAAUUCUUAGAAUUUAUCAGGAAGAAAAUAUGCACAAAUGGACAAGAAGUGAGGUUGCAACAUGUAAUUGCAAAGCAAAGAAUUACYGCCAUGUCCAUUGUCCAUGUACAAAUUGCAAUGGCCGAGCAACAAGCAGAAGUACUGAAAUGCGCCAUUGGAAGGAGGCUAAUUUGACAUCUCAAUCCGGUUCUAAUGGUUUUAGCAGUGAUUCCAUUGAGAACGGUGAAUUCGAAGCUGGUUGUCGUGAUUAUGAUGAUAUGGAAAUUGACAGUCAGGAUUUUGUAGCAGAAUCAUUAGACCAUAGCCAUCAAUGUGCUAGUGAGCUGAAUGAUACAAAUGUUGACAUAAAUAUGGAUGUAAAUACUGGCCAAACAAGCAAUGUUAAUCCUGUUAAGGAACUAAUAAUCAAUGCAGUUUUGAAUGCACUUAAAAUUCAGAAAGAUGCUGGUUUGUCUAUCAAUACUUUCAAUGACAUUUUAGACUAUGGUAAAAAGCUCUUGUUGGAAUCUAGAUCUUUAAACAAAGAGAUUUAUGAUCCWGAUGUUUUAGCAUCACUAUGGCCUAAAACAUGGAGUGACGUUCAAGCGCUAUUAAAGGAGGUUGGCUACUCAGAUGCAAAAGAAUACUUUAUUUGCUUUUGUCAUUAUGAAAUUCAAGGGUCGAGUAAAAUAAAAUAUACUGGAAAAUACAGCRUCAUGGAAAACAAAAACGACCUUUGCCAUAAUUGUGGUAAACCAGGAUUUAUAACAUACUACUACCUUGGACUUGAAAAUAAAGUUAAAAACUGGUACAGAGAUAAGAAUUUGAGCCAGAAAAUGCUGUCUCACUGGAUAGAAAGAAGUCAUUGGCUUGGAAGAGAUGAAAGUUGGCCAGUAAAAAAGGAAAUAUGGGAUGGUGAACGAUGGCGUGAGCUUCAGUGGUUUUGGAACCCAAAUAAUACUUGGGUUAUACCAUGCUGCUGCAAAUACUGUGGCAUCCCAAUAUCAGCAGAUCACCUAAUCAAAUCAGAGGAUGGGCCAUUGCAAGGUGUUAAAAUUGUGGAAUGCCCUGAAUGUUUGGAAUCUUUUGAACACACUCUAAAACAAGCUACUGGUUCCCCAUUCAAUAUUGCCCUUAUAGGACAUUGGGAUGGGUGGCAAUCAUUCCAAGGUUCAAGCUCAAGAAAUUGUGGAUCACUAGAAGUUACUAUUGCAAACUUAAAAAAAGAAGACAGAAACCAUACAGAUGAGGUUUAUGUGCUGGGAUUCGUACCAUUAUCAUUUGUGCCAAAGCUACCUGAAACUUAUGACCCUUUUCUUGAACCACUGAUGAAAGACAUUUGCCAAGGAAUUAUACAUGGCUUUAGGAUUGACAACUCAUCCAAUGAUUCUCAACAAAAAGAAUCCCUAACUGUUCGUGUUUUACUCCUUUGUUGGUCAGGUGACCAUCCAGGGCAAUGUGAGAUUGGCAAAUUACUGAACCAAGGAAAGUGCCCAUGUCGAAGAUGUCAAUUAAUUGGUCAGCAUCUACCAGAAAAUAGUGCUAAUUAUCAUAUGUACUAUGGUGACAACCGUUCGCAUUAUAGGCAUGGAUGGGAAUCACGCAAAAUUUCAGAGAUGCUAACAGACCUUAAGGAUGUUGAGGCUGAGACAAGAAUAAGUGUGAGAAAAAAAUUGUCAUCUCAUAAAGGGGUAACUGGGAUUAGUCUUUUGCACAAAUAUUUGUAUCCACUUUAUGGUUUUGAUAUCCUUCAAGAUUUGACAUUUGAUGUGUUCCAUACAGUUUGUCUUAAUGUGGUUAAAAGUCAAACUGAACGGUUACUAGAUCAAAAUCUAGUGGAUAAAGCAUGUUUCAAUAAUGAACUUGAAAAAUUUCCAUGGCCAACAGAGUUGAAAAGUGGAAGGCUUCCACUGUCUAUUAAAAACUACAAUGGAUCUUUGGGACACUGGAAGGCUGAGGGGUUACAAAAGUUCUCAUUUCCUUUGGCUGAUUGUAUUCUUGRCAAUAUGGUUGAGGAUCCCCAAGAGAAAGAAAUCCAGCAUUUAAUAUCAAGAAUAACUGAGAUGCACUUCAACAGUGGCCGAUAUGGUUGGACUGAUACCAUGAUUGAGGAACACCACAAGCUGUCGUGGCGCUUAAACAUAUUGGUCGAAGAAGUUCAAGGACUUAAAAUGUGUACCAUUUCCAUGCAUAAUCUUAUCCAUAUUCAUGAAGAUGUCAGACGAUUUUCAGGAACAGACAAUUACUGGUGUGCAGUUUUCGAAAGAGCUGUGAAAGGCUACAAAAAGAGGGCUAGCAAUUGUAAAGGGAUAGAGAAAACUUUUGCUUUUGCUGAAUCAAGAAGAGAAUAUUUAAAACCAUACGCUGAAAAUAAAGAAAAGCUUGGGAAGAUUGAUAUAAAUUUGGGAAUAGCCAGUUCCGUGGAAACAGCAAAAGUUUCCAUCCAAAAGAAUGACACCAUGAGAACAUCCCUGCUUCUUGGUGCAUCCAACAACAUCUUAUUCAUUGAAGAAGAAGCUAGAAGGCACUUGGCAAAUUCUUUCUCAGUGUCUUUAUGUGAUGUAGGUCAAGUUGCUUAUACAUCAAAGAAAUGCUUCAUAUCAGACAUUAAGAGCUUUCAAGGCACUGUUUUUAAAUCUGGAGAAACAGCUGUGAUUGUUGUCAACCAACAAGAGCAAGUGGUAAAACUUGACAUAUUUAUGUCAAUGAAAUUCAAGAGUGAUGAGUCAUACCACUUGAUAGUUAAAGUGUAUCCAUUUUGCACUGAUGGUGUACGCCAAAGGCAUUUUUGGACUGGGUUUACUUGUGUCAAUGAAACACCUGGAAGGGAACCAGCUUUUUAUGAUGUGAGUGCUAUCAAACGAAAAGUGAUCCUGUAUAAAUGUGGAGAAAGAUACACUGUCGUUGACUAUCAAAGGCAUCAAGAAAAGCUUCCUUUUGAUGUCAUAGUGCCAGUUUUACCAGAAAAGGGUGACAUGUUGCUCAUUCAAGGUGCAGCCUCUGAUGACAUUUGGUAUGGUCACGCUUCUAAUGUUGAUUAUAGAAAGAAAACAGUAGAUGUUUUCUUCUUUGUGGAACAUUCCAAGRUGAGAAAUAUCUAUAUCAGAGAAACACAUGGAAGAUAUGCGAAAAAUGUUAUCCCCUGGGCUUCGUUGAUUGGAAUUGCAAAGGGCAAAUGGAAGACCCCCUCUCAAUGGGAAAAAGACAUGUUGUAAGAAUAAUAUACUGUUAGUAGCUGUAAGUUAUACAAAAGGUUGAAUACUAAAUACUGCAUUCUGUGUAGUCUUAUUGAAAUGGUCAACUCUGAAACUUAAGCAAUAUGUAAGACUGGUUUUUGACUGGAUAUAUUUAAUCCAUUCCCAUUCUUUUCCCAUUAUUGGAAUAUCAUUGGAAAUUAUUUGCAAUAAAUUCCCAAGACUGGCUUUUGAUUGGAAAUAUAUUCCCAU